AUGCGAGUAGUCGGUCCGGCUGCGAUCGCCGCCGCAGGCACCGCGGUGCUCCCGAGUCUAUUGCUGGACCGGAUCCAGUUGGAGCAGCGGGGCCGCGAGGACCUCUGGACCUUCACCAGUGUUUCGGCCGCGGGUCUCGCGGACCUCUGCGCCGCGGAAGCCAUGGAACGGUUCGAGUGCCGGAUCACACAAGGCGGCGAUUCGCCCGCCCACAACUUCUGUUACGCCGUCGUCGACCUGAGCCACCAAACUGCGUCUGCGGCUUCAGUGCUGGGCCGGUCAUGGGCCUGCGUGGUCUCGCUAGCGGACCUGAUGCUAGGAGGCAGCUUCCAGGCUCUGGAAACGUACAACGUCGCCGCCCUGGACCGCGGCAGAGUCGAGCCGAGCGCCGAAUCGAGAGCCGAGCCGAGUCAGCGAGUGUUGUUAUACGGCUGGCUGGAGGACGAGCGAGUGUGCCAUAACAACCUGCACACGUGGCACAUGACCAAUGAGUGUCGACGUUUUGCGGGCGUGCAGUCGCUUCUCACACCGGCCACAAUCAACGCCAGCUUGAGUCGCAGUUUAGGCAUCAAGUGGUUCAGCCGUAAAGGUCUCGCUGAUGCGCUCGACUUGGACCUGCCUAGUUUGUACGACUGGACCUGUCCUGAAGACCCGCUUAUGCAGUCUGUGCCGGAGGAUGAUGCGCCGGUGACCAUUAAUGACUCCAGUGAGAACGUGAAUUCUGUGACCGGAGACCCGAAUACGUCGUCCGGAGACCCGAAUAGGUCGACUGGAGGCCCGACGGCCACUGGGAGCGAAGAUCCGACUGGGAGCGAAGACCCGAAUUCUGCGAAGACCGGGAGUGACUUUCUCAGCAAACUCAAGUUUUUUUCCACGGAUGUGCCCGAGAUGAAUGAUAUCACUCUACCCCUGCUGAUCAAGGAGGCGGUGGUCGCAGUCACUCCUGGCACUUUUCCAUUCGGCACGAAUGUGGAGGUGUGUGCGAAGCACACACAUCUUCUAAUUGAUGACGACGUGUUCAGCCUGAACCAGGAAAUAUCCCGACCGCUCCAGGCUCUACUGGCGGGGGGUCGGGCCGUGGGCAGACCAAAGGCCUCGCCGCGGGUUUUAAGGGAGGAGAUAAUUCCCGUGAACAUGAACCCGGAAACAGCGGGAAGUUUGAGAUUCAAUCUGAUAGGGUUGAAGGCUUGGGCCUCUACGCCUGAUGCACUAGACAGUCAGUCCUCUGACCUCAACCCGGUGUCGUUCAACAACACUGCAUGGGUUGGCCCCGGAGGGACUGAGACUCACUCUACUAGCUUCCCCACUGGCCUGGCGACCUACCGACUUUUACAGACGCUGCCCCCCGGUUACCGGGUUUCAGCGUCGCCAACAUGUGCUGGGGGUAUCAAAAUUACCAGGACGGAAUAUCGAGAGGACCGAACCACUCAAAGGACCACCGUAGACGUAGAAUUUCAGACCACCCAGGAGUACAAAGACAAAUCAUCUUUAAGGUAA